AUGUUAUUUCCGAUUCUUGUAUUGGGAUUAUCUACUUUGUUUAUUGCAGGCAUAGGAAUCCCGUUCAAUGAAUUCAAUCAAGAAGGAAUGAAUUUGGAUAUAUUAUCCAAAUUGUUAAUGCCGUCUUUAAACUUUUUUCAAAAAAAUGAACAAAAUUCUUCCGAUUGGUCGGAAUUUCUAACAAACGCAACCUUUUCAGUCAGUAUAGCUUAUUUUGGAAUAUUUAUAGUGUCUUCUUUAUAUAAGCCUGUUUAUUCAUCAUUUCAAAAUUUGAACUUCUUUAAUUCGUUUGCUAAAAAAGGUCUUAAAAGAGUUCUUAGGGAUAAAAUAUUACAUGUUAUAUAUGAUUGGUCCUAUAAUCGUGGUUACAUAGAUACCUUUUAUGAAAAAUCAUUAAGUGAGGGGGUAAGAACAUUUGCGAAAUUUACUCAUUUUUUUGAUAGACGAGUAAUUGAUGGAAUUAUCAAUGGAGUUGGUUUUACGAGUUUCUUUCUAUGA